AAAAUUCAUACUGGAGAGAAACCAUAUCCAUGUAAACAAUGUGGUAAGGCCUGUAGACAUUACAGUCACCUGCAAGUUCAUGAACAAACUCAUACUGGAGAAAAACUAUAUAAAUGUAAACAAUGUGGUAAAUCCUUUAAGUCUAAUAGUCAUCUUCAAAGACAUGAAAAAACACACACUGGAGAGAAACCCUAUGCAUGUAAAGAAUGUGGUAAAGCCUUUAGAUGUAAUAGUCAUCUUCAAAGACAUGAAAAAACGCAUACUGGAGAGAAACCCUAUGCAUGUAAACAAUGUGGUAAAGCCUUUAGAUCGCACAGUUAUCUUCAGUUUACAUAUACUAGUUCCUUACAGUUAUAUGAAAAAACUUAUACUGGAGAAAAAUCCUAUGAAUGUAAACAAUGUGCGAAGGCCUUUACAGAUCACAGCAAUCUUCAAAGACAUGAAAAAACACACACUGGAGAGAAACCCUAUGAAUGUAAAGAAUGUGGUAAAUCCUUUAGAUGUCACAGAUCUCUUCAGUUACAUGAAAAAAUUCAUACUAGAGAAAAACCCUAUGAAUGUCGACAAUGUGGUAAAGUCUUUAGAUGCUGUAGUUAUCUUCAAAGACAUGAAAAAACACACACUGGAGAGAAACCCUAUGCAUGUAAAGAAUGUGGUAAAGCCUUCACACAAUACAGUUACCUGCAAGUACAUCAGAAAAUUCACACUGGAGAAACACCACAUGAAUGUAAACAAUGUGGUAAAGCGUUUAGAUGGCACAGUUAUCUUCAGUUACAUGAAAAAAUUCAUACUGGAGAGAAACCCUAUGCAUGUAAACAAUGUGGUAAAGCCUUUAGAUGGCACAGUUAUCUUCAGUUACAUGAAAAAACACACACUGGAGAGAAACCCUAUGCAUGUAAAGAAUGUGGUAAAGCCUUUAGAUGGCACAGUUAUCUUCAGUUACAUGCAAAAACACACACUGGAGAGAAACCCUAUGCAUGUAAACAAUGUGGUAAGGCCUUCACACGAUACGGUUACCUGCCAGUUCAUGAAAAAAUUCACACUGGAGAAAAACCAUAUGAAUGUAAACAAUGUGGUAAAGCCUUUAGAUGGCACAGAUCUCUUCAGUUACAUAAAAAAAUUCAUGCUGGAGAGAAACCAUAUGCAUGUAAACUAUGUGGUAAAGCAUUUAGAUCUAAUAGUGAUCGUCACAGACAUGAAAAAACUCAUACUGGAGAGGAACCUUAUGCGUGUAAACAAUGUGGUAAGGCCUUCACACAAUACCAUUACCUGCAAGUACAUGAGAAAAUUCACACU